AUGUCAGAAGCAUUAUAUAAUGUUUACGACACACCAGUCGAGCAGUUUUUGGGAGGAACUUUGGUAGGAGCUUCCAUGCUGUUUACUUUACACUCUUUACUCCAUAUGGCGGUCCUUCGCUCGACAGCAUCAAAAUAUUAUAUGUUUCCCAUGGUCAACGGUCUCCUCUUUAUAUGUGAAAUUCUAACUAUCAUUAAACUUUUGGCACCCAAUACGCGAAUAUGGAUAACGGUCAUGCGCUGUGGCAUUUUUAUCAUACUCAGACCGUCUAUCUUGUACCUGGCUUUCUUGAGAUGCCAAGCUGUCUACGCUCCAUGCAGGAAACAUAGCCGGAUCCAUUAUUUGGUCAUUGGAUUUGCGAUAUUACAAUUAACCAGCUUAUUCAUUGCCAGCAUUCAGUACAUUAUAACAUGUCCAGUUCAAACCAACAAUUGUGACACACACGAUUGGGAAAUCGUAUAUGAUUUCAAUGACUGGAUCACUCCCUUACUUAGAUUUUAUUAUCUUGUUCUAGAGGGCAUAUUUCUCGUUGUCGUUUUCAGCACAUUUCGUCGUACUAACCACAGCGAGGAUCCUCAGAUAAUUCGUCAACGCAGAUUUCAAUCAUAUUGCUUUUAUUUGGAUCUCCUUUUUCUUGCAUUUUCUUCUACAUAUCACCUUCUAUGCAUAUUUAAAGCAUUUGAGCUUACAUAUGAAACACCCGAAUUGUUCAGUAUAGCGUUCACAGUGUUCUGUAUGACAGAGUUUGGCUUGAUUAUUCCCAAGCUAUUCAAAAGUAUUCAUACUCGUGAUAUCGAGUUACGAAAUCAUCUUCCAUCAAAGAAAGCAAAUAGUAUUUCUGACGAGUUGGUGAGCAACAUUGGUAAUGCGGUGCCGGGUGAGGACGAGGAAAAGCAGCUUGAGUCAGUGGACAGUAAGGAAGAUGGACCAGAUGUAAAGGCGGCACAUAAGACUAAUGAACAAGGUAGUGCAUCAUUAUCUACUACAUGCAAUACAAACGAUACAGGUUUUGUUUCAAGUGGUAGUGAGCAUGAUCUUACCACUCGCGAUGUGUCUAGUAUAAGACUCGAGCGAGAAAUGUAA